AUGAAUCCUUAUGGAUCGAACAAUUUGAAAAAGAUUGGGAAAAAAAUGAUUGAACAAUAUGGACUUGAGGAUAAUGAGUGGCUUUGUGCAUUAUAUAAAAAUCGACAUCAUUGGGCUCCUAUUUUUGUAAAAGAUAUUUUUUGGGCUGGCAUGUCAACUACUCAAAGAAGUGAGAGUAUGAAUGCUUUCUUUGAUGGAUAUGUGCACCCAAAAACUUCACGCAAACAAUUUAUUUCAAAGUAUGAUGUUGCUUUACAAAGUAAGUUUGAGAAAGAAGCAAAAGCAGAUUUUGAGUCAUUCCAUAAAUUUCCAAAAUUAAUUUCAGAACAUACUAUAGAGGAGCAACUAUCCAAAAUUUAUACUAUUGGUAUUUUCAAAAAGUUUCAAGAAGAGCUAAAGGCUUUGGUAUCUUGUACUCUUUCUUUUGUUCAUAUUGAUGGAGAUAUAUCCAAAUUUCAAUUUAAGGAGCGUGUAAAACAGAAAGAUGGUACAAUGAUGAAUAAGAUAUUUGAAGUUCAUUAUAAGGGUGGUGAACUAGAUGUUUGGUGCAUUUACCGAUUGUUUCAGUUUAGAGGUAUUAUGUGCCGUCAUGCGCUAACUGUUUUAAAUUAUAAAGAUGUAAAUGAGAUUCCUAGUAGAUACAUUCUCAACCGUUGGAGAAAAGAUUUCAAGCGCUUGUAUUAUUUGGUCUAUUCUACUUCAAAUGUGAUGCCUACAGGACCAGCUCAACGUUAUAAUUCUAUUCAAAAGAGUUGCAGUAUAUUUACGGAGAUUGGAGCUUUAUCUGAGGAAAAAUUUCAUCAUGUAAUGAAAAUUUUAAAUGAAGCAAGAAAUCAAGCAAUGUAUGAUUCAACAUUGUCCCAAUCUACGAAAGCGAAGGAAAUAGAAAUUGGCAAUCCAGUUCAUGUAAAAAGUAAAGGCCGUCCGAUAGAAAAAAUGAAGAUAUCUACAAUUGAUCAAAAAAUAAAGAAGAAAAAGGGAUCAUUUUAUCGACCUAUAUUCAGUAGUCAUCAUGAAAUGCCAAGGCCUUAUCCUACAGUUUUCCAGGAACAUGUUUAUCCAACUCAGUAUAUUUUUCACAUCAAUAGCCAAGAACAAGCUAUUCCACCAAACUUAUUCGCUUCUCCUCAAGCUGCUCUAAGAAGUCCAGAGAAUGUUGAUGCACCAGCAGGCAAAUCAAUGUUUAGUGAUUAUAGUGUGGCUCUGCAUGAUCCAAAUUCUGUUAAAACCACAAACUUCAGGCUGAACAUACCUGCUAAAAAUGCUCCGUCCACAGGAUCUAUCAAAAGACUUUGUCAUUAUGAUCAACAAUGA